AUGGCUCUGCUCAGCUGUCUGUCUCCUGUGGAGAUUGUAGCCUCUUCUCUGAAUGACUGGGAGGUGAUUGGUUCUGGUGGGUUUGGACAGAUUUACAAAGCCCGACACUGUCAGUGGUGCUGCGAUGUGGCAAUCAAACUUCUUCAUUACGAUGACGGAAACAGCUCCGCGUUGCUGCGUGAAAUCGACUUGAUGCGUAAAGGAAGCAGCCCUUAUGUGAUCCACGUCCACGGGGUUUUUAAAGGCCACUCGCCUUCUUCUGCGUCGUCAGUGCAGCUUGGGCUGGUCAUGGAGUUCAUGGAGAGAGGAUCCCUGGCCUCUUUGCAGCAAUCUUUAGGGGAACCUCCACACUUGUCUCUGGUCUUCAGACUGAUCCACCAGGUGGCUCUGGGUUUGAACUUCCUGCACAGUCUCUCUCCUGCUGUGCUGCACUUGGACCUGAAGCCCAGCAAUGUGCUACUGGACACCUCUCUCAACGCCAAGCUCACAGAUUUUGGCCUGGCCAGGAUUUCCCAGAGCGUCACUCGGGUGUCUAAGAAAGACAGCAAAGAGGAGGGAGGAACUCUCAGCUACAUGCCCCCGGAGGCUUUUGAAAUAUCCUACAGUCCCACUCGAGCCUCUGACAUCUACAGUUUUGGGAUCCUGCUGUGGUCCAUUGUCACUGGGAAACAACCAUAUGCAAAUGCAAUGUCCAGCAUAGUGAAGUUUCGCAUCCCACAGGGAGACCGUCCAUCUCUGGAUGAGAUCAGGUAUCAGGCUGCAGGGCGUGCAGGACUGGCAACAUUGAUGGAACUCAUGCAGAAGUGUUGGGACUCAAAGCCCGACAAACGGCCCACCUCGCAUAUGUGCACAACUGUGACAGAAGAACUGUACAAGAUGCACAAGCAUUCGAUUAACGAUGCUGUCCACGAUGUGCUGAAGAAACUGGACCGGAAUGAAGAAGAAAGUAUAACAGACCAGCUCGAAGGGCUUUCUAUUACUCAGACUGAAGUUAUUUAUGGUGUUCAGACACCAACCGUUUGGGAUAAUGUUCCAACAGGACCACGGCCAGUACAGGAAAUGGCCGGUUGUUGUAUUGCAAAUCAAAGAGACAAGUCAAGGAUCGAAGAGCACCCUACAAAUCUAUAUCAUGUUGACCAGCAGGUCAGCAGGUGCUCCUCCACAGAUUAUAGGAUGAAAGCAUCCUCUGUUCAUCCCAUCCAACCAUCACCAUCGUCUCUUUCACCCAAGAGGUCAUCCAAGGCAACCAAAAACACCCCGACGGCUUUUAAAGAACACCUGUCUUCACGGUACCAGCGUCAGAUGUCCAGCCCCGACACUUUCGCCAGCCGCCCUCCUUCUCCCAGUAGAGUCCAAAUGCACCUUUCCAAAGUGACUGGGUUUCAGAGUGGCAACAACAACACCAUGUACAUCUUCCCCACUGGCCCCUCAGAGAGGAAGCGGCACUCAACAGCACCACCGUCGUGUGACUUCCCACUUCACUAAGCAGAUUUGUCAAAUCUCUGAUUUUUCAUUUGGUUUCA